CAUCAUUCUGUCUCCCUCACAGCCACAUGCGACAGUGUCCAGCCCCGGGUUCCCGCGGGCCUACCCCGACGACGCAAAUUGUGUGAGCGAUGUGCGUGCUCCGCCCCAACUUACUCUAAGGUUGUACUUUGAGGAACUGCUUACGGAAUAUGAGCCUAAUUGCGCGUACGAUUUUCUGGAAAUCAUUGAGCUGGGCUUGGAAAAUGUGACUGAGGGUGGACAAGAGGACUGGCUGUUACAAGAUCAUCAUGAAAACUACAACGAAAAUGAGGUAUACGACUACGAGAACCUGCUCCCGGAAUCGGAUGCGAUCAGCGCAGGCUGGGUGAGCAAUAGCCAAUCGACUGCGUCAAGGCGACUGUGCGGAGACUGGGGCGGCAAACUCAAGUUACUCCGGUACCAGUCGCGAGGCGGUUGGUUACGACUGCGUUUCAAAUCGGACCACUCGAGGCAUUUUGCUGGCUUCCGCGCUAAGCUCACCCUCGCUGACUCUCAAUCGUGUAUGGACGCAAAGCAAGUACUCCACAACGGUCACUGCUACCUUUUCUCCGGAUAUCCGAAGGCAUCUUGGGCGACUGCCAAGCAGGUUUGCGAAGGACUGAACAUGCACCUUUCAUCCGUCCACUCUCCUGAAGAAGAACACUUCAUUGUGACCAGUAUCAGGCAAAGCAGUGACUACAGCGCUGGCUCCAUCUACUGGCUAGGUGCUGCUCGACUCCAGAACGAAUUCAACUGGGUAGAUGGCAGUGCUGUUGAAUACCAAGGAUGGCCAGCUUAUAACGAUACUGAGGAUUUGAAAGACACUUGCUUGGGAGUUCAGUGGAAAGCAUCUCUAGCAGCCGCGCAGCCCAGCGGUUUAUACUGGACGAUGCACAAGUGCUCGGUAACAGGAGGGUAUGUGUGCAAGCGCAGGUUGAACCCGGAACACAUCCUCAAGAACAGAACAGUUGAAGGUUCUUCAGGUGAACUGUCAAGCCCAAACCACCCGAACAUGUACGACAACGAUUUGGACUACUGGGUUCAUGUGGUGGGUCCUGCUGAAACGAGACUCGUCUUUGUCUUCAAUGCCAUUGACUUGGAAUACCAGAAGGAUUGCCUUUACGAUUUUGUUGAGUUACGAGAUAUUGUUACAAUGAAAUCGUCGAGGUACUGCGGAACUGUGGGAGAGACAAGAUGGGUGGCGUCGAGCAAUAAAGCCAUUCUGCAUUUUCAUUCCGAUUAUAACGUCCAAGGCACGGGGUUUGCCCUAACAUGGACUGCGGCGGACCUAGCCGGAUGUCCGUCGCAAACAUUCACUUCCAAGGAAGGUGUUAUACACAGCCCCAACUUUCCUAAUUUUCUGCUCCCCAGCUUAGAUUGUACCAUCGAUAUUUUAGCUCCAACAGGAAAGCGAGUCUUCCUCAAUAUCAGCAUAUUCGAUUUCGGCUACGGAACAUUCGAGAAAGGCGUCCCUUUAAACGUCACCGAAAGCAUCCCUGAAGACAACUUCCUCGAGGUUCAGGUCGACCCGCAGACUACGCCCAUCCGGCCGUUUCUUACUGCCAGCAUAUUGACCAACGGGCUCUUCGUAUCGCAAUCCGAAAUGAUCAGAUUAAGAUUUAGGACUGGAGAAAAUGUGAUUGGCAAAGGUUUUUUGGCAUAUUUUAAAACAAUAAGCUUCCUAAACGUAACACACGUGGUAGAGCUCCGGAAUGUCCGCUCCGGUCGACUGUCACCUCCGAACUGGCCAGCCGCGCCCCCGCCACGGUCAAAACUGCGCAUGCGUCUAUUGGCUCCACACUCCCAUACGCUGACGGUGGCUAUCGCCCAGACUAGACUUGUCGCACCGGAUAACAAUUCUCCCAUUCGCGAGCUUCCCACUCCACUUCCGACCCCCUUGCCUACUCCCCUCCCUACGCCUUUGCCUUCGCCUCGGUUGCCCAAGAGAACAGAACAGAUUAUAAAGAGUGACUCGACAAUAACAUGCAUCUCUCCCAGCGAGGACGAACUUGAUGAAAUAAGAUGCGAAUUUAAACCUGAGCGACCAACUUCUGGACUGAGAUUAAAACUACGUCAACCAGCAACAAGCACAGAUACGCCAACACCGUCCACUCUAGUAACGGAUUCCCCAAGUCCGAGUUUUACACACAGUCAAGACUCCGAACGAGAAAUGUCUUCUCCGUCUCCCAACCCACCUACUUUACUAGUACCCAUCUUAACUAUUGAACGGCCGUCUCCUGGAUCGCCGCCUCCUAGACGUACUCCACCACUUUUAGAACUACAUCCACCGCCUCUAAUAACUGUUACUUAUAAUGCUAGCGAAGAAUCUGAUGAGCCACUGUCGCCACGGCCUCCGCCACCAACAGGCAAUAUGUGCUAUCUAAGUCCAUUCUCCAUGUCAGCUAGAGGAGAAAGGGCACCUUCAGAAUCAAAUCUUUCUUCGUCCGGGUACAGUUCCAUGGCUAGUCCUGGUCCUUCAAGAUGCGGUUCGAGUAAUCCUCUAUGUCCUUCUGAAAUGGAAGAUCCUGGAUCCGGAGGUGGCGGUAGUGGAUUUCAAUCAAGAAGAAGGCCGUUAAUGAAGACUAACUCAAGUCCUGCCACAUCGAACGAUGACUCAAAUGAAAGAAGACGUGGACGAUCAGAUUCGGAAACGCUAUCAGAUGAUCCAUUAUUAGAGUCGAACGACGAGGGUAUUGGAACUGAUGAAAAAGUAGAUGACGUAUUACCAUCCAGCGCUAAAGAGAUGGAAACUUUAGUCGUAUUAAAAGAAACGCUAGAUAUACCCCAAGCGACUUUAUGCUCCCCAAGUGGAGUGACCAAGUGUUCUAUAGUAAAAUGCAUUAGUGUAGAGAGAGGCUUAGAUGAGAAGGCUUGUUUGAGACCUCCGACCUUACUUUCCGACUGCAGUCGACCGUUGAGUCCCGUUAGCUCACGAAGCGAAAGUCCUAUGAGUGACAAGACAGGUUUGGGAAGGUUUUCACCGCAGUUUUAUGGUCGGCAGUUACCGUUUACUGAUUCUGAUGGAUUAUACGACUUUCCUAGUUCCGAUUGUGUAAAAGGAGGUAGUUGUAAGUCGGGAAGCAGUACUCAGAGGAAAGCUGGUAGAAGAAGAGACAGGAGAACGACAAGAACAUCGUCUCACGAAGUCGCGGGAACAGCGAAAUCCACUCUCCCACAUAUGCCGCAUUCGAUGCACAACUUGCUUGAGGUGCCAGGCAGUCGCGAUGGAUCGACUCGUGGUCGUAAAUCUGGUCGUCGUCGGUCGCGCUCACAAGCACCCGCGCCGCCAUCAUCGUCCUCCUCAGAAGAUUCCGUGUCUAACGCUUCGGUAGCCUCCGUCGCCUCUGCCAGAGAACUCAGAGUGCCACCGGACUUAGAAAUGCAGGACACGUCGUCGAAGAUCUCAUCCAGUCUGGAUCUGACGGAAGACUCGCGGAAGCCGGCCAAGACUAAUAAGCUGCGAACUAUCAGCAAUCAAAUAAGAUUUCUCCGUCGCCUAGAACGCAGUCUCAAAAUGCGGGAAAGCUAUCCUGCCCUGUCUGACGACGAGGGAGACGAGUCAUCCAGCGUGACGUCACCCUUACUACAGACCAGGAAAGACUUGCAAGCGUCCGGCCAUGCGAUAUCAGCGCCUCUGCUAGGCGCAGUAAGGCCUAAAAUCACACGGCAAAGGCGGUACGACCGAUCUUUGGUAGCCGAUGACAUGAAGACUUUGAAUGCAGCCCAUGAUAAUUCUGACUAGGUUCACCUGGUACUCCUAUAUAAGACUGUAAUAGUCCCAUUGAACAAAAGGUCGCUCUGAAAUAGUAAAGGUGCUCGGACGUCCGGUCUCCUCCUGUAUAACUACUUCCAAUCACGUUUUCGGCUUUCCAUCUAGAUGAACGUCCAACAUCAAAUACAUUUAGGUAUAGUUUAUUCGUCUCCACUAGAACCUAAUAGUCGCAGUGUUAAAAGUGUUUCUAAAAUAAUAACUGGCUGUAUAACGGAUCUCCUACAAACACUCCCAAGCCACAUUUUCGGCUUUCCAUCUAGAUGAGACGUCAAACCCUGAGUACAUUUCCGUAUGAUUCGUCUAAGUGGAGACGGAUGUCGUGUUGUAAUAGUCGUAUUGCUAAAAGUCUUUCUUAUGGUAAUACUGACAGUGUUCGGUCGUCCGAUCUCCUCCUACAACCACUUCCAAGCCACCUUUUCGGCUUUGCAUUUAGAUAAAACUCCAACACUGAGUAAAUACAUUUGUCUAUAGCUUUACAACCAAAUGUCAGACAACAAAAAUAAGUAUAUGUAUCAUAUUCAUAAUACACUGAGACACUUGAGCAAAUCUUUGUUCUUUCCUUUUUUUUUCUCAAAGGAUUUAUUAAUAUUAGGAGGUCUAAAGAAAGGAGUGUAAAUUGUUAAAGUAGAUAUUGUAAUUUGUUCAUAAAAAUAACUAAUAAAACAACAAAAAUUAUUUCAAUACAUUUCGAUUGUUAAUCUUGUUCAAAUAUUAAUUAUAGAGAAUGUUACAGUAAAACUUGAAAUCUGGGUAUGCUGGAAAAUGUCCUCAUUUUGACAGUUGUCAAAUGGGCAAGUAUACAAGAUUCUAACCCAAUGUGAUAUAUUAUUGUAAGGAACACGAAAAAGUAGAAAAAUUAGUCGUCGUUGUAAAUGUGUAGAUGAAACACUUUUUGUUAUUUUCAGUUCACUUUUGAUGUCGCAAACUAUACCGUACCUUCUGAAUGCUUCGUGUUGUAUAUAGAUUCUGUAUAGCAAUAACCUAUUAUAUAGAGUGAUAUGUAGUUAUUUAAUGAUGA